CCCCUUCACUCCUUGGAAUCUCCUUGUGAGGUAUACGCGGCGCACAGGGGACCGUAUCGUCCCGUGCAAUAUUUUCAACCUGCCGCCGCCCCUCGAGAGUUCCUCUUAUUUCACCGACAAUCCUCGUAAUUCAGCGAAGCGACGCACGCUUUUACCCGCCGGAGGAAGAGCGGCGACUUUGUUGUGUCGCGAGCUGAUGUUGACGCUAAAUGUUAUGACUUUGUCGCCGUGAAGACCGGUGCUUCCGUUGUCAUGACACUGGAUUUCAUGUUGCGACACGGGGUGGAUAAAAAGGGUCUAGAUUGAGUUAUUCUUAUUCUUAGUUACAGAGAGACUUAAGUUGCACCUGAUUAUUAUUAUCUACUAGUAAAAUAUUUUGGACAAGUGGAUUGGUAGAAAAAGGAAAUCCAACCAAUCAACAGAGUCGUUUGCGAGAACGUAUAUCGCCGGUGUCAGAUUGAUGUGCGCGAAGGUAGAAAGAAAAAUGAGGGGGUGCAUUCGAAGAGAUUUCGAUUCCCGUUGGAUUUCCUUGUCAGUGGGCAGGUUUUUCCCUUGAUUUCUCGAUUUUCCUUCGCGACACCUUCCAACCGGAGGGUAAAUAUUUGAUGUGAUUUUUCAUCCCCAACCCACCCCUGCUCAACCUUCAGAUUCGCACUCUCGUUACUCCUCUCCCUUUUACUUUUUUCUUCUUCUUCGAGUCUGCACGUUUUCAAUGAUAAUCUCCUUUACCACCCUACGUAUCUCGGUUUGUUAAACUUUUACGCCCGUUGUUUACGCCUGGUUCCGGUUUCUUUUCGCGUUCCUCGAGUUAAGGGUCGCACGUGGCGCAGAAAGCGGGGAGAAAAUACGACGUCUUAACCGUUUCAAGGGUUGCAAAAGUACUUACCGUGGGGAUGUGUCGCGUGCGCAUAUGGUACAUGCAUCAUUGCGGUUGGAACGAGGCGAGGUUCUUCAGCGUUUAUCUACCCUCCUGGCUCUCCGCUAUUGCCAGAAUGCUGCGAUAAGAAUAGAGAUUCGCGCGACCACUGUGCAGAUAACGUUUGUUCCAAAAAAGCUUUACGAUUCUUGUUGAACGAGGAUAAACGAGCCUGGCCUGUUACUGUUCCGAAGAACAGGAAACGGGUGCAAGGGAGGGCACGUAGAAGUGGAAGCUUUGUUAAGUUACACCGGGAAGAAACUUUUCACCUUUAAUUGGAAUAUUUUCUAAGGUUGAAUAAAAUUGAAUGGGCGAAUAGAGGUUGGAAUUGAAAAUAGUUUCAGGAGUUCGGGGAUGAAUUAUGAUAUUAAUAAUGAUGAAAGUUUAAGAGAAUAGGGAAUAUCUCUGUAGAAUUUUAAAGCCUCGAAAAAUUAGAAUAUCUCAAUAAUUCAUCCCUUCGAUCAUCCGCGCCUUUCCCCUGGGACAAAGAAUUCGAUUUCUCCGAAUCCUCUGUCAGAAAAAAAAGGGAAAAUGAAAAUAUUCAUCUUAAAUAUGCUGGCUUCGUUCUUCAUCGACACGAAAUCCAGGCUCGUAACUUCGGUUCGCGAGGCUCCACCCCCUUGUUGCAAGCUUCGCAACGGAACAAUCUCGGUUUAGAUCGAACCACCGACUCGGUUCGACGUUUCUUUUCUCCCGAGUGUCGUUACCACGCGAGCGAAGCAACGCGACGCGAAUUUCGAUUCGCCGUUUUACAUAUGCUGACGAUCGAGUCGCACAUGGGACCCUCCUCGAGGAGAAAAUUUGAUGUACUAACCGUUUCGCGGGGAGACAGCACGCGUAGGGGCGACAUGUUUCGCAUCUGCUGCAUGUUUUGAUAAAAACUAGCGGCUGCUGCGCGCCGAGGGUGGUGUCGGCCGUGUAAAUCACGGGAACGAUGUAAAACACGAUCGAAGAAUCGAUGAGCGCAACGAACUACCUUUUUGGGGUGUACUAACCCUUUGCCACUCUUGGUCGAAUCCUUUUAUCUGUCUGUUCUUUGGGAUAAAGGAUAAAAUUGGGAUAAAGGAUGCGGUAAUUUCGGUUGACUAAGCGUGUGCCUAGAUAAAUCAAUAAACGGCUUUUUUCCCCGACGCGUCCGAACCCACAAAAAUUGCCCCUAUGGCAACCCUUCCCCGAUAUCGGGCUACACGCGAUCGUAUCGGAAGAGAACAAACGAGCGUUUUACUUUCAGCGGUCAGAUAAUUUUCACGAUCCUUUCUCGCUUCGAAUACUUUUCGUCGUAACUGAAAGUGUCUCAAAGGUAACAUACCAUCAUCUAUCAUAAUGAUGGCUUAAUGGAACAUCACAAGGUGAUCAGGCAUUGAUAGAAAUAAAGUCUAACAACAGCAUGCUUCGAGACCGGAAGCAGCCUGGUACUAGUAUAUCGUCUAAACGCCACAAAACACCACCACCUAACAGUGUGCAGGGAGGUUCGAUCGAAGCGACGAGUUCGCAUCGUUUAACGGGGGUCGGUCAGAAUCGUGUGACAUAGUCUCGGGCUUCUUAUUAGUCAUAGUCACGAUGGGUCGAGAGAACCCCUCGUGGACAACGUAUCGAAUAUACGUAGUAGAUGUAGGUAUACGUGCGCAGGAGCCUUCGGUAAAAGGGGGGCUUCGAACGAAGGGGCGCGCCCCUAGUGUUCCGUACACCCUGAUGUCCUAGCUAGUGUUUCGUUCGCCGCUUACCCGUUCACCUCAUCUUCGUGGUCGUGCUAACAAAAUAACGACGAAUAACCUUCAACCGGAUUCGACGCUGUUUAUUUCGCGUUUGGGGUGAAAUGUUUGUUUAACCAGGGUGGAAGGUGUUGGGUGGUCGAAAAUCCAGUUUCUCUGCGACACAGAGAUGUUGAAUCGUUGUCGAAGGGAUGUUAGAACGAUAAUUCGAUAGAAUCUUGUAACGUGGAGGGUUGUAGACGAUUGCGAGAGGAUACAAGAUGGAGUUAUUAUUGUGACUAUGUUUAGACGUUUCUAGAAGUUAAGUUAAUGAUUCGCAUUUAGUAAAGUGUGAGGACGAAACAAAGAGAUGACAAUUCGGAUUUAUGUGUCGAGGGGUGACGAGCAAUAAUUCGUCAUUGAACGACGAUCAUGGGGCUCCUUAGAGCGUCUCCCUCCAUCGCGUUGUUCAGAUCUGACUCAAAAUUUCUCGAGUUUUUCGGUGAAACAAGAAAGAAUGAGGCGUUUGUCUGGCACACACUUCUACACGGGAGAGCGUGUAAGAUGGCAGAUGAUCAACGUGCAGCAUUCUCGAAUCGGAUUUGCGAAUAUCAGGAAAGUGUGCAGAAGCUGCAGGUGUCCCAGGGAGGAGCAUCAGCGGACUUCGACGGAGGCGGGCGGUCCCUCGGGACUCGGCCUCGGUCCUGGUCCGCCGAUGGCCAUGGCUAUGGCUUUUCCAAGCGGGGCCGCCGGUUCUUCUCACCAAGAACCCUUCAAAAGUCCCAUGCAAGCGGCUCCACCAGGGCUCGCACUUCAGGAGGCCCUGAUGCAUCAUCAGAGGCACUCGCAGAGCGACGAUGACAGCGGAUGCGCGCUCGAGGAGUACACGUGGGUGCCACCCGGUCUCAGGCCGGACCAGGUACACCUGUACUUCAGCGCGCUACCGGAAGACAAGAUCCCGUACGCGGGCAGCGCUGGCGAACGGGAGCGGGUAAAGCAGCUGCUGCAGCAACUACCGCCGCACGACAACGAGGCGAGGUACUGCAGCGGACUUACUGAGGAGGAGAAGCGAGAACUUAGGGUGUUCGCGGCGCAGCGGAAACGCGAAGCGUUGGGUCGGGGACACGCGAGCCAACUAGACAGGCCUCACGGAGCUGGAUGUCGCGAAUGCAGCAGGCCGAUUGCCGCAGGUGAAAUGGCAGUGGCCGCCAGUCGGGCUGGUCCAUCCGCCCUCUGGCAUCCGGCCUGCUUCGUCUGCUGCGUCUGCAGGCAGCUACUCGUCGACCUGAUAUACUUCUGGAGGGACGGUAGGCUCUAUUGCGGCAGACAUCACGCGGAAACUCUGAAGCCUCGAUGCUGCGCGUGCGACGAGAUCAUACUGGCUGACGAGUGCACGGAGGCCGAAGGCAGGGCAUGGCACAUGAGGCACUUUGCUUGUCUCGAGUGCGAUCGACAGCUCGGAGGUCAAAGGUAUGUGAUGAGGGAAGGCAGACCUUACUGUCUUCGGUGUUUCGAUGCCUCCUUUGCCGAGUACUGCGACAGCUGUGGGGAACCGAUCGGUGUCGAUCAAGGGCAAAUGUCGCACGAGGGUCAGCACUGGCACGCGACCGAGACUUGCUUUUGCUGCGCCACUUGCCGCACCUCCCUUCUUGGACGACCGUUCCUGCCACGAAGAGGUGCCAUUUACUGCAGCAUAGCCUGUAGCAAGGGAGAACCGCCGACAACGCCGAGCGAUUCUUCCGCUGGACCGCCACCACCACCGCCUUCCUUUCUACGGACCGGUCGAAGACAACCUCCAACCAGCGAAGGUUCCUCGAGUCCACCGCCUCCUCCGCCACCUCCACCACCGCCAGGAUCAAGGCAUACCCUAGGUUCACCACGCAACUCGCCUCGAAUGACAAGAAAACAUCAUCAAACGUCGACAUCCCUAGCGACGACACCCACUCAGAGCACACUGAGUCCUGAAUUUACCGCCGAAGGGUUCCCUUCGAGCGGCUCUAGACCCAGUGGUCUCGACCGGGUGCUUCUUGAGAGAAAUCUCGAGAGACUACUCCAAGAACGUACUUCUCACCCCGAGGAAAAUCGCAGCGAACUGGGAAGGCUGAUGCAAGCCAGGGAUCGAGAGCCGUUAAGGUGCGUUCAGAACUGCGCUCCAUCUCAUGCGUCGAGUAUGCCGGAACUGCCUCCACCUCCUCGGCCGUCCUCCGGGGCGUCAGCCUCGGCGUCGACGUCCACAUCGACCGGCGCUGUUGGCGUUAUGUCCGGCGGAGCCUUGGCUCAAGAAUCGGCCACAUUGCCGACGAACCUUAUCAUCGGCCAAAUGGAUCCCCCAACGCCGACGUCGCGGCGCGUACGGUUUCAAGGGGAUCUAGACGUGACCGAUCAUAACGCGUCGUCGCGUGUACCCCUCUCCCCUGGCAACGAAAGGAAUUCGUCGUCCUCGCCCUCUCCGCCCCCCGCAUCCUUGUCGAGGACGAAUGUGUCUCGAUCGAGGAGCUUACAGCCGGAGGAAGUCGCCAGCACGUCUGCCUGGGGUGUAGCAGGAAGCUCGAAAUCGAGAAUGGACGGAGAAGACGACGACGUAGAGAGCUGCUGCUCCACCUGCAGCUCGUCCACCAGUUCCGACGAGGCGGCCGCGUAUGCUCUUCCUCCUAGAAGGGCCUACGGUGGGGUUCGGAUAUCCUACGUACCCAAUGACGCCGUAGCCUGCGCGAGAAAACGUACACCCACGUCGACGACCCCCAAUCAGGGGCAAAGGGACUCGGAAAAAUGUGUCGUGUCUUGAUGAUUCCCUCGACAGUCUCUUUGCUCCUGAGAGGAUCAGUUUUAUUUUGAACGACGUGAAAAACUUGUCGAGCUUCGAAUAUGUGCAGACAGCACAGACAAAUGAAAGACGAGAAAGCACAGAGUUCCUAGCCGGCGUAACCGGAGUUUUAACGACGUCUUCCGUGUUCGAGGCUCGACGUUGUUCACUGCAAGGACUGAAAAAUACAAUGUUGCUCGUGUAAAUAGUGAACGUAAUACUUCCGAAACGAUCGCUCGUGGAUACCGGACAAUCGCGACGAUCGCGCUUCUUUUUCUAUUUUUAUUACCCCCGUUGAUGUAUUCGAUAUUAACGACGAUGAUACCGUUAUAUUUUAUUACCAUUGCCAUUCCCGCUACGAGGUCUCGACGGCCUUAUUCUUUCGCAUUUCUUAAGGUAUUCAGAAUUUAUUCUGACGAGCAGCGUAGCGGGCUCUGCUCGACGAGGCAGACACAGUAUUUCCUGUGACGCAGACGCGUCACGUUAACGCUGUAAGUACAAAUGACGAGCGUUCGAAUCGAUGUAGACAAUCUGAGAGAAGUAUUCGGGAAAUAAAGUGAGACGAAAUCGAUCGAA